AGCGCACAGAGUCUGGCAAAACCUGGGUCUUCCAAUACAGGGGCGUUAACACUUUAAAGGGCAACUCAGCAAAAAAACUUUGCUCGUUCCAGGCAUCAGAUCUUGCAGUUCACGUCUUGUAGUAGAGACAGCUUUCGACGCUAAUCAGCCGAAUACGCAUUAAAAUUUUCAAUCAAGAAAGUGAAAGCCGUUUAGAAAAGUCAAGAACUGAGUUGUUAUUCGGAAAUAACCCGUCUCACGAAACUGCAAGAAACCCCAAAAUGUUAUCUAAGAAGAUGCGACUUUCGUCAGUCGGAGUAGAUCGAUCCUUAGUACGAGGGGUUUCAACCAGAGUACCGAAGGAACGCAAGCGGUUUACACCGUGGCUAGAAGAACAGAUCGAAGAAGGAGACAUUGACGGCUUGGAAUGGAUCGAGAAAGAUAAAGGUAUUUUCAAAGUCCCUUGGGUUCGCGUCGAUAAACCGGAGUUCGUCCUUGAAACUCAUGCAGAGCUUUUCAAACGCUGGGCUGAGCACACCGGAAAAUACCGUAAAGGAGAUCAGCCUGAUCCGUCCACAUGGAAGACCAGAUUUCGCUGUGCCCUGCGAAAAAUGCAAGAAAUUGUCGAGAUCAGAGAACUGGGAAGUUUGGAAGGAAGCAAGCCGUACAGAGCCUUUAAGUUUGAGCCGAAACUGAAAGACCGUAACAAUGCCUGCAAGCGUUCGCCUGGGAAAAGAAACAGCAGACCCCCGUCUCUGGAUUCAGUGGAGUCUGAUAAUCUCUCUCCGAUGGAACCGAUAAGGGGACCUCCAGAUCCCUUGGGAGUAGGAAGAAUGCUGAAUCCUCUACAGGUUUGCGACGAGUAUUACAGGAGUCCAGAAGGAAACAUUAUAGGUGACUUCGUCGGACCAGUCGUGAUGCCAGAGUACAAUGGACCAGCGUAUAAUGGGCACUUUCCAAUAGUUGAUUGGCGUGAUUUUGUAGAGCCAAUUAUGUCAGAAGACUGGGACCGAUAUUUUCCGGAUGGUAUUAGAAAUCAGUUCGGUCUGUCCGGCGGAUCAAAUUAUGGAAUGAGGGAUCAAGAAGCUAGCUAUUACUAUCAGGUCUGCCAGUGAUCAUUCAGAAGCCUCAGCCAAAAAAGAAAUCAACUUUAAUCUCCCGUUAUCUGAUUCGUAAUUCUCAGGCCAAACAGCCUUACGUUUCAUUUAAAAUUAGUUAGGAGAAUCGCGUGAUAUAUAAAGUAAGCACCCUCGAAAGGUUUGUCUUUUACCUGAUAAGGUAAUAGACAAUUUAACUUUGUAAAUUCUGAGCUAAGGGGUUAAUGAACCAUUACUUAUGUAGCCAAUAAUAGUUUUAGCCAUAGGGAUAGAGUAAAUUCAAAACCUCUCUCGGGUGAAGAUCUUAAGGGAACAGACAAUUUAGCCUGAGGUUACACUACAGAGGAAUCAAGCCUGAAACGAGGAAAAAGGGGACAGACUGAAGUCCGCUCGCAAAUUAAUUUUCAACCUCCUGUUUGGCGGAAACACCCUGAGCUGAUCAUAAGCUAAGAAGAUAUAUGGUGAAAAGCAUCGAGUUCUGCAAUUAUAGGAGAAGAGAUUAUAAUUUCUCGAAUUGUAUGAUUAUGUUAUCGGUGCAGAACAAAUUAAAACCACAGGAGAAUUGGAUUUGAUAAGGAGCUGCACUUAAAAAAAAAGUUGCCCUUUGGCUAGGAUGUUUGGGAUAGGAUUUGAACUAGUGCUCCGUAAAGUUAUAGUGAAAUUUCAAUUUUCCAAAGUUUCUUCAAAGUUUGAAGUUAAUAAAGUAUGUCUAUUUACCAGUCUA